UGUUGGUGUUCGCGUCGUUGAACGAAAACAUACUUUAUAAUCUAAAUGUAAUGAAUGGUAGUAAUGUUUUAAGUGAUUCUGAACAUAACCCCGUGCUUCGUGUUUCUUAAGCCCGAUGCCGUGGCCCUAUGCUACGUUAUGUGGAGUGUCAUGUGGCGAUUAUUGUUGUGUAGGAGCAUGACCCAUGGAUAUUUAUUACAGGUCUCGCUUCUUCUCCUCGCUCUGCUACAGCACACACAGUGUUCGGGGUUCUUCGAACUCCAAGUCCUGGAGAUGUCGAAUCCUCGGGGCGAGCUCUCUAACGGUGAAUGUUGCGGAGGGUCGCACCGUGCUCCUUUGGCACCACGUUGUCCAAAACCUUGCAACACUUACUUUCGGCUAUGUUUAAAAGAAUAUCAAAGUAACGUCACUAGUACUGGAUCCUGUUCCUUCGGUAAUACUUCCGGACCGGUUCUGGGACGAGAUUCGUUCACCCUUGCCGACCCCGAAAGGGGUAAGCUUGUCUUGCCAUUCACUUUCAGAUGGACGAGAUCAUUCACUCUCAUUCUUCAGGCUGUGGAUUACAGUAAUGUUUCACUACCAGCGAGUAGCAAUAUCAUCGAGGAGGCGACUUAUUCAGGAAUAAUAGAUCCCAGUGCCGAAUGGCACACUUUAAAUCACAGGGGGUCAAGAGCGCGACUAACAUACCGGGUGAGGGUGAAAUGCGAUACUCAUUAUUAUAACGCCACAUGUACAAAAUUUUGUCGACCUCGAAAUGACAAAUUCGGACAUUAUCGUUGUAAUUCUAACGGCGACAAGGAAUGCAUCGAGGGUUGGAAAGGGACCAAUUGCGAAAUCGAUAAGAUUUCCGACAAAACACCGUUGCUAUGUAACAGUACACGAUGGCUCGCGGAGGUGAAAAACCUACCGACUCCCACUGCUUUGGCGUUUUUCGUGUGCGGUACGCGAUCGUCUGAACCCACGCUGGCCGUUGUGUGCCGGCCGGCUUGCAGGCCCGGUUGGCGAGGAGAAUUUUGCGACCAGUGCAAACCGUAUCCUGGAUGCAAGCAUGGCUAUUGCAACGGCUCGUCGUGGCAAUGUAUCUGUGAUACCAAUUGGGGUGGCAUUCUAUGUGAUCAAGACUUGAACUAUUGCGGUACGCACGAACCUUGUUUGAACGGGGGUACUUGCGAAAACACUGCUCCAGACGCCUACCGAUGUACUUGUCCCGAAGGGUUUUCCGGAAUAAAUUGUGAAGUAGUCGACAAUCCUUGCGCUCCAGCCCCUUGUCAUCACGGAGGUACCUGUAUUGAAGCCGGGGGUUCGUUCAGCUGUCAGUGUGUCUCGGGUUGGACCGGACCUACUUGUGACAUUGAUAUAAAUGAAUGCGAAUCUGCUCCUUGUCAAAAUGGCGGUACAUGUCUUGAUUUAGAAGAUGCGUUUUCAUGCGAAUGCCCAUCGGCCUGGGAGGGAAAUGUAUGCCAGUUUGAUGCUGACGAAUGUUUAACGAAUCCUUGUGUUAACGCAUUAUCAUGCACAAACCUUGUUGGUGACUACCAGUGUCGGUGCCUCGUAGGAUGGACGGGAAGAAAUUGCGAUCAAAAUAUAAAUGAUUGCGUGGGCCAAUGUCAACAUGGUGCCACUUGUAUCGAUCUGGUUAACGAUUAUCAUUGCGCUUGUCAGCCUGGUUAUACAGAUGCUGACGAAUGUUUAACGAAUCCUUGUGUUAACGCAUUAUCAUGCACAAACCUUGUUGGUGACUACCAGUGUCGGUGCCUCGUAGGAUGGACGGGAAGAAAUUGCGAUCAAAAUAUAAAUGAUUGCGUGGGCCAAUGUCAACAUGGUGCCACUUGUAUCGAUCUGGUUAACGAUUAUCAUUGCGCUUGUCAGCCUGGUUAUACAGGUAAGAUUAUGAAUAUAAAUGAAUGCGAAUCUGCUCCUUGUCAAAAUGGCGGUACAUGUCUUGAUUUAGAAGAUGCGUUUUCAUGCGAAUGCCCAUCGGCCUGGGAGGGAAAUGUAUGCCAGUUUGAUGCUGACGAAUGUUUAACGAAUCCUUGUGUUAACGCAUUAUCAUGCACAAACCUUGUUGGUGACUACCAGUGUCGGUGCCUCGUAGGAUGGACGGGAAGAAAUUGCGAUCAAAAUAUAAAUGAUUGCGUGGGCCAAUGUCAACAUGGUGCCACUUGUAUCGAUCUGGUUAACGAUUAUCAUUGCGCUUGUCAGCCUGGUUAUACAGGAGUUGAUAAUUGCAUGAUAGUUUCCAUGGCUGGGACCAAGGUAUCGCCUCGUAGCAUAUGCGGAGAGCAUGGGCAUUGCGUAAGCACUUCAGGAGCGGGAUAUCGAUGUGCCUGUUUACCAGGAUAUACGGGAAAAUAUUGUCACGAAAAUAUAAAUGACUGCAAAAAGAAUCCAUGCGAGAACGGUGGUACCUGUGUAGAUAAGAUCAACGCAUUUCAGUGCAUUUGCAAAGAGGGCUGGGAAGGGGCUCUUUGUAAUAUAAAUACGGACGAUUGUAAUCCAAAUCCAUGUCAUAACAAUGGCACUUGCACUGAUCGCGUGGCUGACUUUGAAUGCGAAUGCAGAAACGGUUGGAAAGGUAAAACAUGCACUCUCAAAGACAGCCAUUGUGAUCAUUCGACGUGCAAGAACGGCGGAACUUGUCAAGAUCUUGGCAGCACGUUCGUUUGUAGGUGUCCUCCGGACUGGGAAGGUACUACUUGCCACAUUUCCAAACAAGCCGCGUGCCGUUCGAAUCCUUGUCAAAACGGAGGUACCUGCGUGAAUACCGGUGAUUAUUAUCAAUGCAUUUGUCGGGAUGGUUUUACCGGAAAUCAUUGCCAAGAAGACGUCAACGAUUGUAUUCCUCAACCCUGUUACAACGGAGGCAAAUGCAUAGACGGGGUUAACUGGUUUUUAUGCGAAUGUGCCAAAGGUUUCACCGGUCCCGACUGUAAGAUCAACGUAAACGAAUGCGCAUCGAAUCCUUGCGGCCACGGUGGUACGUGUAUCGAUGGUAUCGGGGAAUUUAAUUGUAAAUGCCCUCCAGGACGAAGAGGACCUCAAUGUGACCUUAACGAUCUUUCCUAUCUGCCGCUUCCUGACGGUUGUAAUUGGCAAAACCACAAUUUAGAAAACAACGCGACAUGGCAACACGAAUGCAACACUUGUAUUUGUACCAAUGGAAUGGCGAAAUGCACCAGAAUAUGGUGCGGAUUGACCAACUGUCGCUUUCCUAACUCUCCGAAUACAGUGUGCAAUUCAAAUCAAGUUUGCGUACCGUCCCCUUCCGAAUCCUGUUUGACGCCGCCCUGCCUUCCAUUUGGAGAAUGCAGAGAUUUGGAAAGUGGAAAGCGUGUUAAACCACCCGUCGUACCAAGUCCCGUUACUUGUUGGCCCAACCAGGCAGUCCUUAGUAAUACUUGCGCAAGACUGACUCUUCUCCUUGAACGUGGAAAACUACCCGGCGGAACGACCGUGGAAGGACUCUGCAAUGACUUGAGGAGAAUUUUGGCAAAUCACGAAGCAGCAAAUGACAUGGAGAACGAGCUGGUCCUUUUAUGUGAUUUGAAGACGGAUUAUAACGACACAAUAGAAGUUACAUUGUCUGGAAAGGAGGGCGUUUUAGAAGGAAUCAGAAUUCUUGGAGAAGCUGUUUCUCGACAACAAACCUCAAUGACAGCAUUAAAAUCCAUCUUAGAAGUUAAAGUGGAAACGGCCUUAGUAUCCGAAGAGCCACCAAGUAAUAAGUAUCUGAUAGCUCUCAUUUGCUUCAUCGUUAUAGGCUUAACUGCCGCAAUACUGGUCGGGAUUCUUUAUUUCCGACAACGUCAAAGAAAUUUAGGUUUGAGCGGCAUCAACUUAUCUCAAUCGACGGACCCUUGUCAUCGAAAUCACGAAGAUGAAAAAUCGAACAAUCUCCAGAACGAAGAGAAUUUGAGAAGAUACGCAAAUCCAUUAAAGGACGACAUGGGCAGCAUGGCAAGUCUGAGUGCCGGUACAACCUCUUGUUUAGACAUUCCAAAAGUGAGUGUUGUACGACCGCUCUCGUCGAUCAUGCAACAACACGACAGCUCCAACGAAAUGCUGGAAAUGAUCUCCGAAGCCGAUUGCCCCGGUUCACGAAGAACCAUGCACAUCCUACCAGGACCGAGCACGGAUUCGAACAGUUUAAAAAUUGUUGGAGACAACAUUAAAAGAAACGACGGGCUGAAUCCCGCGCAUCGUAACAGUCAAAUAUUACUUUACAAAGCACAAAAUCCGGACGUGCGGAAGAACACUGCUGCGUUCGAUGAUUCCGUAGCUCAUAAAGACUUUAAUAAAAGCGUUAUAAACAUUAACAAACAACGGACAUUGCAACAACAAAAUCCAACCAGUGCCAGUGGUGAUGUGUUGACGGUGUUAGUUUAAAAAACGUAUUUCUAAGUAAUGUAAUUUAAUUAUUAUCGUGGUGUUUUUUUCUGAUAAGUUAUAUUGUGAUUCUGGGCUCCUAAAUGCUGCUUUCUAUUAUCGCAUCUGAGGUGUAGUGGACGAUAAUCUCAUUUAAAUAAAAUGAUGCAUAUUCCCGAAAUGUGAUAAUGAACAGUGUUACAUUCCAUUUCAUGUAUUAGGCAACAGGUUUGGGAUGCAUCAAAUUAAUAUAUAUACUUACGGUCUUCAGGUGGGAACCUACAUGAGAUGAAGAGCUUGGGCAGAAACAAAUAAAAUACUAUUACUAAGCUUUAAAAAUAAUUUUUAUCGCAUUGUUGUUCGUUUUACUAUUAUUUCUGUUUUGGCUACGCUUAUAUUUUAUUUUAUAACUUUUUUAUUUAACAUUUUAUUAUAUUGUAUGUAUAUAUUACUUUUUUGGAUGUGCAAUUCUUUUGUUCUGUUUUUUUUUGUCUCCAAGCGUUUGACUGAUUUUCUUUUAACUAUUUUUAGGAGCCCUCUUUAAUAAUAAAAUACGUCUGAAAAUAAUAAAAAAUAAAUAAACGAAAAUAAAUAGAUAAUUAUGAUCUCGUGGUGAUGUCGAUUAUCGAGUGAAAAAUGCAAACGUUACGUUUGUUUAUAGUGUGAUACUAAUUGAUAAUUCGAUUUAUUUUAUUUUUAUGUUUUUUAUUAUUAAAUUAAUAUAACUUGUAUGUAUUUGUUAAUUUUAAAAAUAUUUAAUUUAAAUCGGUACUUUUCCAGCGCGUGUAUGUGUGUUAUAAUAUUCUAACUUGUAAAUAUUUUAUUUUUUUGUCCUCAUGUAUUUAUUUUUAUUAUUGUUCCUCGAA